AUGCAUAAGCUCACCCUUUCAGAUGAUGUUCUUGCAGCUGCGCUUGAACUCCGAUUCGAUGAAAAACACAUUCAGCAGUACGAAGCCAUUAUCGGUUUCUUGAAAUCUCAUGGAUUCGAGAAUUCACAGAUCGCCAAGUUGGUCUCGAGGCAACCUUCAAUCCUUCAAUCCAAAGUAUCCGACAAUCUGAAGCCUAAAUUUGAGUUCCUCCAGGAAAACGGGAUCGUCGGUUCUUUACUUCCUAAGGUAAUUCUAUCAAGCCCUGGGAUUCUUCUCAGGAGCUUAGAUUCUCAGUUGAAACCAUCCUUUCGUCUCAUAAAGGAAAUGCUUGAAACGGAUGAAAAUGUAACUGCUGCUAUUUGUCGUUAUACGUGGCUUCUAACUUAUAGUUCCAAGGGUACUCUGCGAUCUAACAUUGAUAUUUUGGUCAGUGAAGGAGUACCUUCUAGGAAUAUAGCGAAAAUGAUUGAAUUGAACCCUAGAACUAUUGUACAAAAUGUUGAUAGAAUAAUUGAUGCAGUGAAAAGGGUUAAAGAAUUAGGCGUUGAACCUAAGGAUUUUAAGUUUGUUCAUGCAGUUACUACAGUGCUUUCAAUGAGUGAUUCAAAUUGGAAGAAGAAAAUAAAUGUUAUGAAGAGUUUAGGAUGGUCUGAGAAUGAGAUUUUUACAGCAUUUAAGAAAUUUCCACCUUAUUUAACUUGUUCGGAGGAUAAAUUGAGGAAUGUUGCAGAUUUCUGUUUCAACACUGCAAAGUUAGAUCCAGGAACUCUAAUUAGUUACCCUGUGUUAUUCAAGUAUUCAGUCGAGAAGCGGCUCCGACCGAGGUACAAAGUUCUUGAGGUUUUGAAGGUGAAAAAUCUUCUUAAGAACGAAAAGAGUGCUCAGUUGUUUUUCCGAGGGGAGAGAGAAUUUGUGGAGAAUUAUAUUGUUAAGCAUUUGGAUGAAAUCCCAAAUCUGAUGGAUAUAUACCGAGGCAAUGUCGCAUCCGAAACCAAAUCUGUUCUAUAG